GGAGAGAGAGAAGGAGCGCAGUUUGGUUGCUCCGUAGUACGGAGGCCCGCGAGGGAGAAGAAGCCCGAGCGAGCGGGGCUCCGGGACGCGCGGAGAGGCGGAGAGGCGAGAAGGAGGCGGGCGGGGAUGGUGUGCGGGGCUGCGGCUCCGGCGUCCCUCCCCGCGCCCCAGUGCGAGCUGCACUGAUUUGUCCUCGGGGGCGGCCGCCGCGGACCCUCCUGGAGAUGAGGCGACGACUAGCAAGGUAAAAGGGAGAGAACCAUGGCUCAGUUUCCAACACCUUUUGGGGGCAGCCUGGAUGUUUGGGCUAUCACGGUAGAGGAGCGGGCGAAACACGAUCAACAGUUCCACAGUUUAAAGCCAAUAUCAGGAUUCAUUACUGGUGAUCAAGCUAGAAACUUUUUUUUUCAAUCUGGGUUACCUCAGCCUGUUUUAGCACAGAUAUGGGCAUUGGCCGACAUGAAUAACGAUGGGAGGAUGGACCAGAUGGAGUUCUCCAUUGCCAUGAAGCUCAUCAAGUUAAAGCUCCAGGGCUACCAGCUCCCUUCAGCUCUGCCCCCUGUCAUGAAGCAGCAACCCGUGGCUCUUCCUGGUGCCCCGGCAUUCGGCAUCGGCGGCAUCGCCAGCAUACCACCCCUCACAGCUGUGGCUCCGGUGCCAAUGGGCUCCAUUCCAGUCGUGGGAAUGUCUCCACCCCUCGUUUCCUCCGUUCCCCCAGCAGCAGUGCCUCCCCUGGCCAAUGGGGCACCCCCUGUGAUCCAGCCCCUCGCGGCCUUUGCACAUCCUGCAGCCACAUUGCCAAAGAGUUCUUCCUUUAGUAGAUCUGGUCCAGGGUCCCAGUUAAACACCAAGUUACAGAAGGCACAAUCCUUUGAUGUGGCGAGCGGCCCCCCUGGGGCAGAAUGGGCGGUUCCCCAGUCAUCCAGGCUGAAGUACCGACAGUUGUUCAACAGCCACGACAAAACCAUGAGUGGACAUCUGACAGGCCCCCAAGCAAGAACUAUUCUUAUGCAAUCAAGUUUACCACAGGCUCAGCUGGCUUCGAUAUGGAACCUUUCUGACAUCGAUCAAGAUGGGAAGCUCACGGCCGAAGAGUUCAUCCUGGCCAUGCACCUGAUUGAUGUGGCCAUGUCGGGCCAGCCUCUGCCCCCUGUCCUGCCCCCGGAAUACAUCCCGCCUUCCUUUAGGAGAGUCCGAUCUGGCAGUGGCGUGUCUGUUGUCAGUUCCGCAUCUGUAGACCAGCGGCUGCCGGAGGAACCUGCUCUGGAAGAUGAACAGCAACAACUGGAAAAGAAAUUACCUGUCACUUUCGAGGACAAGAAGCGCGAGAAUUUUGAGCGUGGCAACCUGGAGCUGGAGAAGCGGCGGCAGGCACUCCUAGAACAGCAGCGAAAGGAGCAGGAGCGCCUGGCGCAACUGGAGCGUCAGGAGCAGGAGCGCAAAGAGCGCGAGCGCCAGGAGCAGGAGCGCAAAAGGCAGCUGGAGCUGGAGAAGCAGCUGGAGAAGCAGCGGGAACUGGAGCGCCAGAGGGAAGAGGAGCGCCGCAGGGAGAUGGAGAGGCGGGAGGCUGCGAAACGAGAACUGGAAAGGCAGCGGCAGCUAGAAUGGGAGCGGAAUCGAAGGCAAGAGCUCUUGACUCAAAGAAACAAAGAGCAGGAGGACAUAGUGGUCCUAAAAGCCAAGAAGAAGACUUUGGAAUUUGAGCUGGAAGCACUCAAUGACAAGAAGCAUCAGCUUGAAGGAAAACUUCAGGAUAUCCGCUGCCGACUGAGCACCCAACGGCAAGAAAUUGAGAGCACGAACAAAUCAAGAGAGUUGAGAAUUGCUGAAAUCACCCACCUCCAGCAGCAGUUACAGGAGUCCCAACAAAUGCUUGGCAGACUCAUUCCAGAAAAGCAGAUUCUCAACGACCAGCUGAAGCAGGUCCAGCAGAACAGUCUACACCGUGAUUCUCUCCUUACACUCAAAAGAGCACUAGAAGCAAAAGAGCUGGCACGGCAACAGCUUCGAGACCAGCUGGAUGAUGUGGAGAAGGAGACAAGGUCGAAGCUGCAGGAGAUUGACCUUUUCAACAAUCAGCUAAAGGAACUGAGGGAGAUCCACAGUCGGCAGCAGCUGCAGAAACAGAAGACCCUAGAGGCCGAGCGGCUGCGGCAGAAGGAGCAGGAGCGGAAGGUCCUGGAGUUGGACAAGCAGAAGGAGGAUGCCCAGAGACGAGUCGUGGAGCGGGACCAGCAGUGGCCGGAGCAGCUCCCACCAGACGAGGCUCUCCAGCGGACCCGGAAAGCACAGGACCAGGAGAACCUCAAGCGGGAAGACAGUCUCCGAAAGAAGGACAGCGAGGAAAAGGUCAAAGCAGAAGCACAAGACAAGCUAGGCCGCCUUUUCCACCCACACCCUGAGCCAGCCAAACCGUCUGUGCAGACUCCCUGGUCAACUGCAGAAAAAGGUCCAUUGACCAUUUCUUCCCAAGAGAACGUCAAAGUGGUGUAUUAUCGGGCUCUGUACCCCUUUGAAUCUCGGAGUCACGAUGAAAUCACCAUCCAGCCUGGAGACAUCGUCAUGGUGGACGAGAGCCAAACUGGGGAGCCCGGAUGGCUUGGUGGAGAGCUGAAAGGGAAGACAGGCUGGUUCCCUGCAAACUAUGCUGAGAAGAUUCCGGAAAACGAGGUCCCCACCCAAGCCAAGCCCACCACGACGGACAUGUCCUGUGCCCUGGCCCCCAAACUGGCCCUGCGGGAAGCCCCCUCUCAGCUGGCCACUGCUUCUGCCGAGCCCUCCACCACCCCCAACAACUGGGCUGACUUCAGCUCCACGUGGCCCUCCAACACCAAUGAGAAGCCUGAGACUGACAGCUGGGACGCGUGGGCUGCCCAGCCAUGCCUCACUGUUCCCAGCGCCGGCCAGCUCAGACAGAGGUCAGCUUUCACCCCCGCCACGGCCACUGGCUCCUCACCAUCUCCUGUGCUUGGCCAGGGCGAGAAGGUGGAAGGGCUCCAGGCUCAAGCCCUGUAUCCUUGGCGAGCCAAGAAAGACAACCAUUUAAAUUUUAAUAAAAACGACAUCAUCACUGUGCUGGAACAGCAAGACAUGUGGUGGUUUGGAGAAGUCCAAGGUCAGAAGGGUUGGUUCCCCAAGUCUUACGUCAAACUCAUUUCAGGGCCCGUAAGGAAAUCCACCAGCACGGAGUCCGGCUCUUCAGAAAGUCCAGCAACUCUGAAGAGAGUGGCGUCCCCCGCUGCCAAGGUGGCUGCCGUAGGAGGAGAGGAGUUUAUUGCCAUGUACACUUACGAGAGUUCUGAGCAAGGCGAUUUAACCUUUCAGCAAGGGGACGUGAUUCUGGUCACCAAGAGGGAUGGUGACUGGUGGACAGGAAUGGUGGGCGACAAGAGCGGAGUCUUCCCUUCUAACUAUGUGAGGCUUAAGGACGCUGAGGGUGCCGGGCCCGCAGGGAAAGCUGGGAGUCUGGGGAAGAAGCCAGAGAUUGCCCAGGUCAUCGCCUCAUACGCAGCCACCGGCCCCGAGCAGCUGACACUGGCCCCAGGGCAGCUGAUCCUCAUCCGAAGGAAGAACCCGGGUGGCUGGUGGGAGGGGGAGCUGCAGGCCCGUGGCAAAAAGCGCCAGAUAGGCUGGUUCCCAGCUAAUUACGUCAAACUCCUAAGCCCAGGGAUGAGCAAAAUCACCCCAACAGAGCCACCCAAGCCCCCCGCUUUCCCAGCAGUGUGCCAGGUGAUCGGCAUGUACGACUACACGGCGCAGAAUGACGACGAGCUGGCCUUCAGCAAAGGGCAGCUCAUCAACGUGCUCAACAAGGAGGACCCUGACUGGUGGAAGGGUGAGGCCAGCGGGCACGUGGGCCUCUUCCCAUCCAACUACGUCAAGCUCACCACCGACAUGGACCCCAGCCAGCAAUGGUGUUCAGACCUCCACCUCUUGGAUAUGUUGACCCCAACUGAGAGGAAGCGCCAGGGCUAUAUCCACGAGCUCAUCGUCACUGAGGAGAACUACGUGAAUGACCUACAGCUGGUCACUGAGAUCUUUCAGAAACCCCUGAUGGGAAUCUGAGCUGCUGACACGAAAAAAGAGGGUGCUAUGAUUUUUGUUAACUGGAAGGAGCUGAUUAUGUGUAAUAUCAAACUACUGAAGGCGCUGAGAGUCCGCAAGAAGAUGUCUGGGGAGAAGAUGCCCGUGAAAAUGAUUGGGGACAUCCUCACGGCCCAGCUGCCGCACAUGCAGCCUUACAUCCGCUUCUGCAGCUGCCAGCUCAAUGGAGCCGCACUCAUUCAGCAGAAAACCGACGAGGCCCCCGACUUCAAGGAAUUUGUCAAGAGACUCGCCAUGGAUCCCCGGUGCAAAGGCAUGCCACUCUCGAGCUUCAUUCUGAAGCCAAUGCAGCGCGUUACCAGAUACCCCCUCAUCAUUAAAAACAUUCUUGAGAACACACUGGAGAACCACCCUGACCACAGCCACCUGAAGCAUGCCCUGGAGAAGGCAGAAGAGCUGUGCUCCCAGGUGAACGAAGGUGUAAGGGAGAAGGAGAACUCAGACCGUCUGGAAUGGAUUCAGGCACAUGUUCAGUGUGAAGGCCUGUCAGAGCAACUUGUGUUCAAUUCAGUGACCAACUGCUUGGGGCCACGCAAGUUCCUGCACAGCGGGAAGCUCUACAAGGCCAAGAGCAACAAAGAGCUGUAUGGUUUCCUCUUCAACGACUUCCUGCUGCUCACGCAGAUCAUCAAGCCCCUGGGCUCUUCUGGCAUGGACAAAGUCUUCAGCCCCAAGUCCAACCUACAAUACAAAAUGUACAAGACGCCCAUCUUCCUUAAUGAGGUCCUGGUGAAGCUCCCUACCGACCCCUCAGGAGAUGAACCCAUCUUCCAUAUCUCCCACAUUGAUCGCGUCUACACCCUGCGGGCGGAAAGCAUCAAUGAAAGGACCGCCUGGGUGCAGAAAAUCAAAGCUGCCUCGGAACUCUACAUAGAGACAGAGAAAAAGAAGCGGGAGAAGGCAUACCUGGUUCGUUCCCAAAGGGCCACAGGCAUUGGACGGUUGAUGGUGAAUGUGGUAGAAGGCAUUGAGCUCAAACCCUGCCGCUCGCACGGAAAGAGCAAUCCGUACUGCGAGGUGACCAUGGGGUCUCAGUGCCACAUCACCAAGACCAUCCAGGACACCCUGAACCCCAAGUGGAACUCUAACUGCCAGUUCUUCAUCAGAGACCUGGAGCAGGAGGUCCUGUGCAUCACCGUGUUCGAGAGGGACCAAUUCUCGCCUGACGAUUUUUUGGGUCGGACGGAGAUUCGCGUGGCUGACAUCAAACGGGACCAGGGCUCCAAGGGGCCAGUCACCAAGUGUCUCCUGCUACAUGAGGUCCCCACGGGCGAGAUCGUGGUCCGCUUGGAUCUGCAGCUGUUUGAGGAGCCCUAGGGAGGGAGCCCAGACUAUGCUCUGUCAGCUUCCAGGCCUUAGGCAUGUCUGCAAAUGGGGUCACUCUCCUCCGACCCCCGUUCUGUGUUCCACAGGGCAGCAGGAAGGGCCCCUCUCAAAGCUUCUAGGUCAAGUUCUCGACAAUCUUCCUCUCCCUUAGACACAUCCAAUUCUCCAUUUUCAGAGUCAGAUAUGCUUCCAGGGGUCCCCCAACCAACUUUUCCUUUGCUGCUCCUCCUCCUGUGGCUUUGGGGGCCCAUUGGGAGAGAGGUUCAUGGGUUGGUUGAGGUCUGACUCUCGGGACUGUAAAAUAGAUUUAUAAAUGUCAUGUCUGUAUUUUA